AUGGAUAGCCUAUGGUUACCUGGAGAAUAUCAUCCUCUUGAAGAUAUUUGGCAAGAUUAUUACCUGAAUUAUCAACCAUCUGAUACAUCGGAUGAAAAACUAAUUGUAAAGGGAAAAGCUCGUACACUUAACAAAAGUUGUUUUGAUACUGAACCAUGGAUAUUGAUUGCGAAUGAUACAUUAAAUCCAGCUAAAAUGAUAUUAGAACAAAAUAGACCAGACUAUCUUUUAAACUGGCCCUUCUAUAUUGUAUCAACCGAUUACAAUAACUACGCACUUGUUUAUAGCUGUGGAAAUCAUAAUUAUACUCUAAGUGGACAAUGCAAUCAACCUAUUUUAUGGAUGUUCAGUCGAACUAUUGACUUAAAAGCUGAAUAUCAUCAUAAUUUGGAUAUAAAAAUUGUUUAUGAUUUAUGCAUUGAUUUAAGUAAACUAGAAUUCACCCCACAAAAUGAGAAAGGCUGUUACAAAGAAAGUUCAAUAGCUACAAAAAAUAACUAUUACUUUUAUAUUCCACUUUUAGCAAAUUUAUUGUUCGCUUCAAAAAUAACUAAUUUUAGAGAAUAA